CUACUACUAGAAGCAACAACAUCGUAGUUUCCGAUUCAUAUCAUAUCUCUUUCUUCCUCAGACCUUAGCCGAGUGACAAACAAUGGCUAUGGACAUGGCUAUGGCAACCAUAUCCCACACACACACACGUUUAACAACCCAUCAUCAACUAUUAACAGCACUUUCAUCAUCCACAACACUUUCUCACCUCAAACAAAUCCACACACAAAUUCUUCACUACAACUCCAACAACAAUGAACACUCAAACAACACCCUCCUUUCAAAACUAGUUCUUUCUAUUUGCACCCUCUCUUCUUCCUCUUCAAGCCUCCAUUACGCUCUCUCUGUUUUCUCCCAAAUUCCAAACCCACAGACCCAUCUCUCCAACAAACUCCUUCGUCAUCUCUCUCGCAGCCCUUUUCCAGAAAAGACCCUUUUCCUUUAUCAGAAGCUUAGAACAAUUGAUGCAUCCACUCUUGAUCGUUUUAGUUUUCCGCCAUUGUUGAAAGCUGUUUCUAAAGUUUGCGCUUUUAAUCAUGGUUUGGAGAUUCAUGGCCUUGCUUCAAAGCUUGGAUUAGUUUCUGACCCGUUUAUUGAAACCGGCUUAAUUGCAAUGUAUGCCUCGUGUCGCCGUAUCAUGGAUGCACGGUUACUGUUUGAUAAAAUGUCUCAUCCGGAUGCUAUAGCUUGGAAUACCAUCAUUGAUGGGUACUGCCAGAAUGGUCAUUAUGAUGACGCUUUAAGGCUCUUUGAAGAUAUGAAGAGCUCUAAUAUGAAGCCUGAUUCUUUUAUCCUUUGUACUGUGCUUUCUGCUUGUGGUCAUGCUGGGAAUUUAAGCUAUGGCAGAACAAUUCAUGAGUUUGUGAAGGAUAAAGGUCUUGCUAUUGACUCGCAUUUACAAAGUGCUCUCAUUAACAUGUAUGCAAAUUGUGGUGCAAUGGAGUUGGCUAGGGAAAUAUAUGACGGACUUUCGUUGAAAAAUAUGAUUGUUUCUACUGCGAUGCUUUCUGGUUAUGCAAAACUUGGAAUGGUUAAGGGUGCUCGUUUCAUAUUUGACCAAAUGGUUGAAAAGGACUUGGUGUGUUGGAGUGCCAUGAUAUCUGGUUAUGCUGAAAGUGAUCUGCCUCAAGAGGCUCUUAAAUUGUUCAAUGAAAUGCUACAGCAGAGAAUAGAGCCUGAUCAUAUCACAAUGCUGAGUGUCAUUUCUGCUUGUUCUCAUGUUGGCGCGCUCGUUCAAGCAAAAUGGAUUCAUACAUAUGCAGAUAGAAAUGGGUUUGGAAGAUCUCUAUCUGUUAACAAUGCACUGAUUGAUAUGUAUGCCAAAUGUGGGAACUUGGUCAAGGCAAAAGAGGUGUUUGAGAAUAUACCGAGAAAAAAUGUUAUAUCGUGGUCCAGUAUUAUCAAUGCAUUUGCAAUGCAUGGAAAUGCAGAUAGUGCUAUAAAACUUUUCCAUAGGAUGAACGAAGAAAAUAUUAUGCCCAAUGAUGUUACAUUUAUAGGUGUCCUUUAUGCUUGCAGUCAUGCAGGUUUAGUUGAGGAAGGCCAAAAACUAUAUUCAUCCAUGAUUAAUGAGCAUGGCAUAUCUCCCACUCUUGAACACUAUGGUUGCAUGGUUGACCUGUACUGUAGAGCCAAUAAUUUGAAAAAAGCUAUGGAGCUUAUUGAGACAAUGCCUUUUACACCGAAUAUUAUCAUUUGGGGAUCCCUCAUGUCUGCUUGUCAAGUUCAUGGUGAGGUUGAGUUAGGGGAAUUUGCUGCCAAGCGGCUUCUUGAGUUAGAGCCUGAUCAUGAUGGAGCCCUUGUGGUUUUGUCAAACAUAUACGCCAAAGAAAAAAGGUGGAAUGAUGUUGGACUGAUCAGGAAAUCAAUGAGUUAUAAAGGUAUCUCAAAGGAGAAGGCAAGUAGUAGGAUUGAAAUGAACAAUGAGGUACAUAUGUUUAUGAUGGCUGAUAGAUAUCAUAAACAGUCAGAUGAAAUAUAUGAGAAGUUAGAUGAGGUAGUCGGUCGAUUGAAGUUGGUCGGUUACAAACCGAGCACCUCAGGCAUUUUGAUUGAUUUAGAAGAGGAAGAUAAAAAAGAUUUGGUUCUGUGGCAUAGUGAAAAGUUAGCAGUUUGCUAUGGGCUAAUUAGUAGGAGGAAAGAAUCAUGCAUUCGUAUAGUUAAAAAUCUUAGAAUAUGUGAGGAUUGUCACUCUUUCAUGAAGUUCGUCUCAAAGGUGUAUGAAAUAGAUAUUGUUGUGAGAGAUAGGACUAGAUUUCACCAUUGCAGUGGUGGUAGUUGUUCUUGUAGAGACUACUGGUGAUUCAUCUGUAUUAGUAAAUUGAAUUAUAUUGCAGCAUCCUCAUUUUUGUCAUUGUCUUGUA